UUGACUUACAAAAUUUAAAUAAUAAUUAAUAUAACAAAUUAGUAUUGGGCAUAAACUAAAAAAUUGAAUUUUCUUAGGAGUUUGAGGUCACUCUGUGCUGAAUAUCUCUAUUAUCAUUGUGAAUUGCUAUCAGCUGUGUAUAGCUAUUGUGAGUGAAAGAAGCAGAAGUUCAGAGUGAAGCAUGGUCGGUGCUGUUACCGCAUAGGAAUGUCCCUGUCCGAAGGAGUUAUUGUUAAAAUGUUUUCAUCCGCCAAAUCUAUCAAUCUGCGUGCAUUUCGCCAGCUCUCAAAUCGUGCUAAUAGUUAUUAUUCGGCAGAAUGUUUCGGAUUGCAACAAAUGACACAGCGACGAUUCCUUUCUGGUUGGAAUGGAGGUGGAAAAGUGUCGCCGAGAUUAUUGUUGACUACAAUACCCGGGCGACAACAGCGGUUUGAUAUACACAUGACAAAUGUUUUAUCCGCCAAAGACUACUACCAAAUAUUAGGUGUAGCUAAAAAUUCUAGUUCAAAAGACAUUAAAAAAGCAUAUUAUCAGCUCGCUAAGAAAUAUCAUCCUGACACAAACAAAAACGAUCCAGAUGCAGGCAAAAAAUUCCAAGAAGUUUCUGAAGCAUACGAAGUUCUAAGCGAUGACACUAAGAGGCGUGAAUACGACACGUAUGGUCAGACAUCAGAAAGUAUGGGACGAAGUGGGGGAUUCGGUGGACAGGGUCCGCAAGGUUUUUCACAAAAUUGGCAAUUUCGAUCUACAAUUGAUCCAGAAGAAUUAUUUCGUAAAAUAUUUGGCGAAGCUAACUUUCGAAGUAAUAGUUUUGAUGAUUUCGCCGAUUCCAAAUUCGGCUUUGGUGCUGCUCAAGAAAUUGUUAUGGAUUUAACAUUUGCACAAGCAGCUAGAGGUGUUAACAAAGACGUCAACGUAAAUGUUGUUGAUACGUGUGCAAAGUGCAAUGGAUCAAAGUGUGAACCUGGCACAAAACCUGGUCGUUGUCAAUAUUGUAAUGGCACCGGAAUGGAAACAAUUUCUACCGGACCAUUUGUUAUGCGUUCCACUUGUCGUUAUUGUCAAGGAACACGACAGUACAUUAAAUACCCAUGUACUGAAUGUGAUGGCAAGGGACAGACGGUGCAACGCAAGAAAGUAACCGUUCCAGUGCCAGCAGGUAUAGAGAACGGUCAAACCGUACGGAUGCAGGUUGGACGUAAAGAGCUCUUUGUAACUUUCCGCGUAGAAACCAGCAAAUAUUUCAAACGGGAAGGCGCCGACGUACAUACGGACGCCUCUAUAUCAAUAUCACAAGCUGUUUUUGGAGGUACCAUACGCGUACAAGGUGUAUACGAAGACCAAUGGAUCAACAUACCAGCAGGUACUUCGUCACAUCACAAAGUGUUUCUUCGUGGAAAGGGCCUAAAACGCGUUAAUGCCCAUGGCCACGGCGACCAUUACAUAAAUAUCAAAAUAGAAGUACCUAAAAAUCUUACGAAAGAACAGAAAGCUAUAAUGGAGGCGUAUGCGGAACUCGAAACGGACACACCGGGACAAAUCAACGGAAUUACCAGACAAAAAGAUAACACCAAAAAGGCUACAGGACACCCCGAAAACGUUACUAUCAAAAAUUAAAUCGCUCUUUAACAGAUAGUCCACAUAAUAUUAGAGAUUUACGUGUGUAUAAAUGGGUAGAAGUAAAUGAUCGCUUGUAUUAGGAACGACACAAUUGAAUACUUUAUUGAUUUAAUUAGUUUAAUGGACGGUGAAAAUUGAAAUAAAAUAAAUUACUAUUAAAAGCCGUAAAAAAUCAAA